GCGAGACGUUGUUGACGUACCAUGACACCGGAAGCACUAAAGGUUUAACUGGAUGUUGUAAGUGACAGAACUCAAUGUGACAUUAGCAGUUUCUGCGGUAAUAUUGAAGAAGUGAAAUGUUUCUAACUACCGUGAAUUUUGCCAGGAGCAAAUCUAAGACUUUGCUGGUUCAAAUGAUGAGUGCAGCUGGCACAGGUUACUGCUUCAACACAAAGAGGGGCCGACUGAGGGAGAAACUGGUUUUGCGAAAGCAUGACCCCAUAGUAAACCGACAUGUUUUGUUCUUUGAGAAGAGGAAGGUCCGCUCUCUUUAAAGUGGAAGAACUCAUUUGAUAUGGACACUGAGCAGAAGGACUGUUAAAGUGUUACAAACGUUAAAAAGUUGCUGCAGUGUGGGGAUCAGCAUCUUUCAUAUGACACUGUCACCAAACAACCAAGAAGAAAGAAGAAAAUUUGACAUCAAAUUUGUCCUGCAACGAUGGAUGACUGGAAUGAUAACAGAAAGGAGUUACGCAUACUUUCAAUAAUGUUGGAUUUUUUUUAGCUUGAUUUAUAGCAAAAAAAUCAUGUUAUCUAAAUAUAUUUAUCUGGUUUGUUGCUAUGUGUAAAAUAAAUCUAGAAACUUUAACACAACAACAGACAUGCAAUUUGUAUUUUCUUAUGCAGAUUAACUUUAAUUUGACAACUGAACAUCUGUAAACUUGUAAUUAUUAGGAAGCAUGUAUAUAAAACAUUUAACAUGAAUAUUAAUUAGAAAUUUGACUGCCAACAAGGGUUUGCACAAAGAUUUUCCAGCACAUUGUACUGUGUGUAUUAAAUGAGCACGUCCAUAAAAAUUGUCAACCAGC